GCACCGUCUCCGACUCGCACCUCACGAGCAGCCAAGAGCAAAGGCAAGCCCGCUCACGAACACCCACCCACCGUGGCAAUGGCCGACACGGCCACCACCGCCCCGCUCCUGACGAGCCACAAGCCGCCCAAGGCGCCGACCAUCGAUGAAACCAUCGAGAAUUACGUCGGCGCCACCGGCGUCAUGCAGCUGUUCAAGGCCGUCCUGCUGGCCUUCGCCUGGGCCUUCGACGCGCAGCAGGUGUUCAUCUCCGUGUUCACGGACGCCGAGCCGCAGUGGCGCUGCACCGGCGCCUCGGCGUCCUGCUCGCCGGCCGCGCCGCCGGCCGCGCCGUGCGGACUCCCGCCGGGCGCGUGGGCGUGGGACCGCCCCGCCCAGACGACCAUGGUCUCGGAGUGGGCGCUCAAGUGCGCCGGCCCCGCGCUCGUGUCGCUCCCGGCGUCGGCCUUCUUCGCCGGCUGCCUGGCGGGCGGGUUCCUGCUCACCACGCUCGCGGACUCGCUCCUCGGGCGCAGGAAGAUGCUCCUCACGUCCCUCGUGUCCAUGUCCGUCGCCGGCGUGCUCACCGCGUUCGCGCCGAACGUGUGGGCGUACGCCGCGCUACGGUUCGUGUCCGGGUUCGGGCGCUCCAUGGUGGGCACGUGCACGCUGGUCCUGUCCACGGAGCUCGUCGGCAAGCGGUGGCGCGACACGGUGAGCGUGGCCGGCUUCUUCUUCUUCACCGUCGGGUUCCUGUCCCUCCCGGCGCUCGGCUACACGUUCCGCGAGGCGUCGUGGCGGAACAUGUACCUGUGGACGUCCGUGCCGUCGCUCUGCUACUCCGUCCUGCUCUACUUCCUCGCCCAGGAGUCGCCGCGGUGGCUGCUGGUGCGCGGCCGGAAGCAGGACGCCAUGGACACGCUGCAGCAGAUCGCGUCGCUCAACGGCAACAGCAUCACGUCCAGCUUCUCCAUGCUGCACGCGUGCACAAUGCACGCGGACGACGGCGCCGGCGCCGGCGGCGCGUUCGCCACGAUGCGGUCCAUGUGGGAGCGGCCGUGGGCGCUCCGGAGGCUGGCGGCGAUCAUGACGACCAGCUUCGGCGUCGGCAUGGUCUACUACGGCAUGCCGCUCAACGUCGGCAGCCUGGGCACCAACCUGUACCUGAGCGUUACGUACAACGCGCUGGCCGAGCUGCCGUCGGCUGUCCUGUCGCUGGCCUUCAUCGGCAGGGUGAACCGCCGGAGCACGGUCGUCGCGCUCACCGCGACGGCGGGCGCUUUCAGCCUCAUGUGCGUCGCCAUCCCGGAGGGCUCGACGGCGCGGAUGGUAUCCGAACUGCUCUCCUUCUUCGCGACCAUCACGGCGUUCAACCUCAUCCUGAUCUACUCCAUCGAGCUGUUUCCGACGUCGGUGCGCAACUCGGCGGUGGGGCUGGUGCGGCAGGCGCUGGUGCUGGGCGGCGUGGCGGCGCCCGUGCUCGUCGCGCUGGGACGGCAGCGGAGCUUCUGGUCCUUCGGCGUGUUCGGGCUCUGCAUCGGGUGCUUGGGGCUCUUCGCCGCCUGCCUCCCGGAGACGAGGGGCCGGAGCAUGUCGGACACCAUGGAGGAGGAGGAGCACAAGCAGGCCGCCGCCGCCACGGCCUGCACCGGCGGCGGCGCAACCGACAUUGCCACGAAGGAUAACAGUGACGCCGUCUAGUGACGACGUCCGUGUACGUUUCACGACGCGGCAAUAAUUGCUGCUCUGAUGAUGAUAUUUCGGCGGCGGCGGGGGCUACAUAGGCCUAGCACCAAGCUGUCAGCCUGCCGCCUCUGUCCAACCGUGUAAAGCUUGCUGCCAAAGGUGUGUUUAGCUCGCGAAAAGUUUGCUGUAGCAUGUUUCGGUUUUAUUUGGCAACUAUUGUCCAAUCAUGGAGUAAUUAGUCUCAAAAGAUUCGUCUCGUCAUUUACAACCAAACUGUGCAAUUAGUUAUAUUUUUUAACUACA